GGACGCCACACUUUAUAGAACUCUUUGUAUAUCCACUACCACCAAUGCAUUCGCCCGUCCCAAACUACUGCCACGAUUUUUCUUGUUUGUGAGUAAAAUCUUUACUCAUGCCUACGCUUGAAUCACUAUUUUUUUUUCUCUUGUCUCGUCUCUCGUCCUCCUCGUGUUUUGGUGGUGCCCGAUGCUACGUUAAAAAUACAGCGCCUCGCUUAGCGCCACCAGCCCUGUAGCAUCCCCUGGAAGCAUAACCCCAAAACACCCCACCAGCGCUGUAGUCCACCAAUUACAGGCGCCGCUAGGGGAGAUUUGCGCCUCCACCCGCAGCCUCGUUUGCACUCAGCCCCUUUCGUGUCUUAUUUUCUUCGUAUUGUGAUUUUUUCAGCUGCAGCUUCUGCCUUGCAAGUUAAGUUUGUCGUGAUUCACGCACUGCUUCGUUUCUUUUUUUGGCACCAGCAAAGAAAAAGAAGAGCUCACGCUUUUUUUGUCUUGGUCGCCUGUCCAUUCGUUUAAGAAAAAUUGAAAGAUUGUUACAAAAAUAACCACACCCGCACCGCUCGUGCACCACCACCACCACACUUGUUUUCACAUCACCACCACAGCUUGAAUCACGAUGCCCGACGAGCACCAGCCCGCACACGAGCUCUCUGCGGCUGCUGCUGCUCCUCCUGCCGCUGCUCCUUCACCAGUCAGCUCGGCCGCCGCUCACUCGACUCCCUCUGCUCAAGUUUCUCCCGAAGCCGCACGCGCUGCGAUUGUCCCUCCUCCCGCGACACAGGCCGAACAGUAUCAAAACCAGGCGCACGUUGUUCCUGAGCAGCCUACUGCCGAACUUGACUCGGAAAAUGGCCAUGUCGCCAACAAGCAGGCUCCUGCCGACUACUACCCGGCCGAGCCCAACAGCUGGAAAUGGGCCAAGCUGACGCUCUACACCCUCUGCGCGCUGCUGGCCAUUGGCACUCUAGGCUGCGCUGCCUACAUGAAGGCCGUGCCUGCAAGGUUUUACAUCAGGGACUCUAUGAACGGCCUGUCCGUCUUCGCGAUCUGCCUCUCCAUCUUUACUCUCGUCUUCAUCGGCUUGGAGCUGGCCUUUCGCUACAUCCCGGGCAUCAAGCAGGCCAAUGGGCUCAACCCUACUGUAGGUACGGCUGGCUGGUUCCUCAUCUGGUCGUCCAUGGCCUGCAUUGCCGGCUUCUGGGGAUUCCACUUUGGCGAUUUGGGCUACUACGUCCUUUUUGACGACUAUCUCGAUUACCAUGAAACCGCCAAAGGGCGCUUCCGCGCCGAGUUUGCCGGGCUCAUCUUCUCCGGGAUCCUUACCAUCCUCUCGUUUGUCAUCUGGGUCCGCUGCUGCGAAGAGGCUAAUCGCCGCAACGGCACGGUUGUGCCUGCUACCAGCGGCGCGGCACAAGAGCGCAGCUCCGUCCUUAAGAGUGGCUGGGGGCUGUACAAGCUCGGUCUCAAUGUGGCCGCCUUUGUCCUUUGCGUCCUCGGCGCCGGCUUAUCGCUUGGCUUUUGGAGCGCAUCUCCCUAUCGUGGUGACAGCGACAUGCCUUACUACUCCCGUAACUUCUACGGGGAAUAUAGUGACCCCAUGGCUUGGGUUUCCAUUGUCUUCUUCAUCGCCAUGAUCUGGAUCAUUGCCGACUUCAUUACACUUGCCGCCCGCAAAUUGAAGGGUGCUAUCCACCCCGGUGCGCACGUCGGUGUCUGGCUCAUUGUCUGGAUUGCUAUGAUUAUUGUUUGCUCCUUUACAUUUGUCGUUGCAUCCUGGCCGGUAGAUGUCUGUGGAGACAACACAACUGGACGUGGCGGCUCUAGCUCUGGCAGCUCUAGCUCUGGCAGCUCUAGUUACGGCAGCUCUAGCUCCGGCGAUGACGAUUACACCAACCGCUACUACUACGACGACGAGUGUGCCACGCGUACCCAGCUCAGCCUCGCCAGCGGCAUUGCGGCCGUUUCGUUCCUUGUCUACGCCCUCGUCACCUUCCUCUUCUUCACUGCCUGCGCCGAUACGCACAUCCGCAACACCAACAAGGUCGUCCCUGUCGUCUACGUGCCCGUUGUCCCCCAGCAGCAGGCCCUCCAGCCCGUCCAGCUUGCCAAUGGACAAACUGCCAUGGCCAUGGUCUACCCUACGCCUCCUCAGCCCAUGUACCAGCAGCACCCGCAGCAACCGUACAUGCAGCCGCAACAGCAACAGGCAUACAUGCAGCCUGCUCAUGCUCCUCAGCCAUCAGGAUCGGGAUCGCAGCAGGCCGGGCAAGUCAAGGAGUAUUACGGCACUGCACACUAAGUGUGCUAUGGGUGACUUUGAAUGGAUCGUGAAGAAAGAAAUGUUGAUAUUGUAAAUUUGCCAUAUACCCCCUAGGAUAGCAUAGAAGUUGGAUAUAAUAAUUAAUCUAUUCGGAAGCUACAUCUCUACGUCUCAUUUGGUAUUCAAAUUGAAAGUACGUCGUUUACUUGGG